AGAGAUUUCUAUUUAAUUUCACAAAGGGAGUGAUGAAAACUACUGAAGUUCUAUUGAAAGUGUAACAUGGCGCAGAGCGUUGACAAUCUUAUGCCAUGGACAGAUCCAGGUGUAAACAACAGCAUUGUGUCCAGCACAAUAAACUAUUUUGGUCAUGGCUUGUUGAAGCAGCUAGCUGACACCAAGCGACACCUGCUUCCUUAUGAUGCUAUGAGAGACAUUAACUACCAGUCUUUUAAAGCCAGAGCAAAGAAGCUUGUGGAUGUAAAUGAAAGGAAUCUAUACACCACAUCAGUUGACUUCAUCCUCAACAAUGCUGACUACUUGUUCACCCAACCUGUGGUCACAACUAAAAAAAUAGAAGACCAUUGCAAAUAUGGAUACAAAGAUAAAUACAAGUUUCUCCCACCGUUGGAGUACUACUUGUAUGCAAACGAAAUGAAUGAAGAAAUGAAGAAAAUGAAGGCAGUGCAGUUCUACAGGGACCUUGCGCGUGGAGACAUACUUGUGUGUCGAGCUCUGGCUGUGGGGCGUGGCAGCAAGUACCAGCCCAUGAGGGUGGUGUCGCGAGAUGCUGGGCCACACAUGCUCCUCAUAAAGAAUCUCCUCAUCAACGUUAACUUGGACAUAGCCCAAACAAGAGUGCCUAAAAUUGAUGAAGGAUCCAUCCCCAACACAUGGAUCAUCAACACGCUGGUCAGAGUGGAGGUCCUCUCCGUCAGACGUGAAGUUGGUGACGAGAACGCUGAGGUCAUUGUUGGCACAAUGGGCGAUACUCUGGUGGAAAAUAACAUUGAGAUUGGCCUUGGUAAACUCGACAGGAGUGAGCUGCCAGAAAUCAUCAAUGCCGUGGAGUCGUACACCAAAGAAAGUGUUGGCAGCUAUGACUCAAAUCUUCUAAAAAUGGAAUCCUUCCGUAACCCGCGCUGUGUCCAGUUUUUGUCAAAGCAGUUGAAACUCUCAUUCAAGAACACCUCGCUGAUGAGUUCACUAAGAGGACAGUUCCCAGAAAGCAGCUGCUACAAACAACUGCGGCGUCACCAGCUCAUGUGUUGGGCUCACAAGCAUGUAGCGGAUGGAGUAGCGCACUUCAAGAGAGGCGAACACAACGAGGCUUUCCAGCUUCUCAACAAAGCGCUUUCCAUCGACCCUGAGAACGUCGAAGCCUUCGUGGCAAAAGGAGCUUUGCUGGGCAACAUGGGCAACUUUGAGAAAGCUGUUGAAGAUUUUGAAAAGGCUUUAAAGUACAACCCAGAGCAUGGCAACGCCAGGAAAUAUAUUUGUGAAACUCUUCUCGAGCUUGGAAGACGGCAUGAGCAGGAAGGCAAAUUGGGUGCAGCAGAAAAAUGUUUCCAUCGCUCCCUGCAGGUGAACGCAAGCCACCAAGGCUCCAGAGAAGCCAUUGAAAAACUCCACGCUCGCGCUGGCUUUAAAAGCUCGCUCUCCCUUGACAUCAAGAAAGAAGAAGAUGAGCAGGAAGUGUUUGAAGUAGAAGACGAUAAACCUGCUGUACACGUGCCUGCCAGACCUGCCUUCAACGCUGCUGCUGCUGCAAGUUCAUCGAGGCAAUCCAUGGAAGAUUCUCUCAUGGCCUCUAAUGAACGGUUUAAAAAUCGAGAGAAAUCUUUAUCGCCUUUGGCUCAAAAGCUUGCCAUGCAAAACAACGCAUGGAAACCACCGGAUUACAUAAAGACGACUCAGUCGUAUGUACAGCCCCCGCAAACUGGUACCCAGUCGAGCGUAGCCGUGACCACUAGUGGGUCAGGAUCUAUUAAACAGGUUGUGCAAGAGACCAAAAAACGUAAGGACUCGGCUUGCGUCCUUCCAUUUGUGAUUGGAGCUAAUAAAUCAGCAGCUGCCGCUGCUGCUACAGCUGUUGCGACUGCUCCUGAUGGUGUGAUUGAAAAUAUUCCGCCUGAUCUUGUUGCAAAUUUGAAAAAAGUUUCAGCCAUUAAUAUACCUGCGACUCAAGCGAAUGUUGCCGCUGUUGAUUCAGUUGUGGGCUCCUCUCUUGGUGAACCUAAGAAGGUUGAUGCCAAGACGGUGCCCGUAGUAUCUAGUGUCGGGACUAAGACAACCGCUAGUGCUAGGUGUAUAUCUACUAGUUCUAGUGCCCCAGCUGUGAGUUCUAGUGAGACUAUCAAUACUUCUGCUAGUGGUGGUGGUGGUGGUGGUAGUGGUGCGGCGUCUGUUGCUGGUAAGAUCAUGCUUGACAAGAACUAUGAAAAUGCGAUGACCGUGAAGCCGAAAAAUCCUGAUGAAAUCGAAGUUCUGUCGCUUACAUUGAUCAUGCUGAGCAGAAAAUACAAAUCUUUUGGCAAUAUCGUCCGCGCUAGACUAUGCCUGGAGAAAUCUAAAGAACAUAACCCGGAUCACGAACCAACGCUCAAUGCUCUCCGAGAACUCGACGCUCGGUCGUCAAAGAAUGCGCCGAAUGUCGCGGGUCCUGAUAUGCCGCCUCACACGGUGCCUGCGCCGCAGUCUGCUCCUCCCAUGCCCAUUACAGGAAGCAUAGCUUACCCGAUCAGGCCUCUUAUGGACGUUUCUAUGCAAAGGUUUUCAGUCCCGCCACCGGGAUUUGUGGGCCCCGCAAGAGGGCCUCAACCUUACCAAAAUGUUGGGUAUCCCUCCAUGCCCGUGAGUUACGGCAUGCCUUAUGGCCCGCCGCCAAAUAUGGCUGGACUCCCUCCUAAUAUGACUGGAAUGCUUCACAAUAUGGCGGGAAUUCCGCAAGAUAUGGCUGGUCUUCCGCCAAAUAUGUCUGGACUUCACUCCAAUAUGGCUGAAUUUCCACCCAAUAUGGCUGGGCCUUCACCCAAUGUGACUGGGCAUCCUUUUGGCUAUGGGAAAUGGGGCUCUGUGAUGAAUGAAGUGCCUCGUGAAGCUCAGUUCGCCACGCAGCUUAGCCGAGAAGACCGGGAGUAUCAUGAGAAGGUCGACAGCUUCCUGAACAAACUCAUGAACCGAAACAAAAGACUUCAAAGUAACUCUUCGUCACGUUCUUCGUCGAACUCGUCGUCUCCAGAUUCGUCUCACAAACGUCCCCCCAGUUCAGGUCAUCGCAAGUCCCGUUCAUCUCGCGCAGACCGCAGUCGCUCACCGCGACACGACCGACCCUCGCGCCCCCGUAACCGUGAGCGAGAAGAAAAAGGCAUUGAAGUGAGACAGAAAGCCUCCGACCGACGGGGAAAAUCGCCCGAUAUUCGAGAUCGUGAGAGGCAUCAUUCAUCUGGUAAUCGUUCGUCUCAUAAUCGAGAUCAGCCUUCUAAAACCCGGGACGAACCGUCUAAGACCCGGGACGGGCCAUCUCAAACUCGGGACGGGCCAUCUCAAACUGGGGAUGGGCCAUCUCAAACUCGGAGUGGGCCAUCUCAAACUCGGGAUGGGCCAUCUCAAACUCGGGAUGGGCCAUUUCAAACGCGGGAUCGGCCAUCUCAAACUCAGGAUGGGCCAUCUCAAACUCGGGAUGGGCCAUUUCAAACUCGGGAUCGGCCUACUCAAAAUCAGGAUGAGCUUUCUCAAAAUCGGGAUCGGGGGUCAAAAUCUCGAGUUUCGCAAGAGGUCAACGACGAACUCAAGAUUGCCAAACGGGCUGAUCGUUCGUCUGAAGAUGACGAAACAGGAAAACCAAAAACGUCUUCUGAAAAUCGUAAUAAGAGUCGUAGCAAAGACGUUAAAAAGAAGCGGCGCCGUCAUCGGUCUAGCAGUGCUAGCCACAGCAGCAGUUCGAGUCGCAGCAGUAGCAGCAACAGCCACAGCAGCUCUGCAGGCAGCUCCAUUUCUGAGCGUAUCAAACGCAAGAAAAAGAAGAAAAAAGCCAAGAAACAACAGAAACCGCCUAAAAUUAGUCUCAAGGCACUUGGAUUUUCUGAUGAUCCGCAACUUCAAAGCCUCGAUAAAGAAUUACUCAAGAAAAUAACCAAGAAGAUUUAUCAGUCCAACGCACUUCUAAGUGACGUCAAAGAUUCCAAAAAGAAGAGGAAGAAGAAAUCUAAGGAGUCUGACAGUUCAGAUUCUGACAAAGACAAGCCUAGAAAGAAGAAAAAGACUAAAGACUUGCUGUUAAAAUCUAUUGAGAAAUACUUGGUCAAGAAAAAACCUGAAGACAUUGAUGAGACAGAGCCAGAUUGUUCGUUAAAAUCAGUUGAAAAGUACUUGGUCAAGAAAAAAGAUAUAACUCAGACAGAGCCGGACAGUACUGCGUCCUCUAAAGAAAUCCUUCAGUUGUCUUCGAAAGAAGACCUCAUAGCAAAGUAUGUCAAAAAGAAAGAUGCUCCUGCGGAACCCAUUUUGGAGGAGAAUACAGAACCUGAUAGAUCAACUCAAGAAGACGAACUACUGGAAUUGGCUAAGAAGUAUGUAAUGAACGUUAAUAAACGGAGGGCUGAUGCGUCCAUUGCGCCUCAAAAUGAUGCCACUAAAUCUAAAAAUCCCGAGGCAUCUAACGUCAAAAUCGAACGCAUGAUGCAGUUGUCUGAUCUAGAAGAUCUACAAAAAAAGCUUCAAAACUACUACUCCAAGUAUCAAGAUAAAGCAAAUGAAGGUCCAAAAUCCAAAAAAGACGUGGAUACUCCGGCUUUGGAGCUCACACCGUCCAAGUACUUGGUUUCGAAACCCAAACGAGAAUCGGACUCAAAAUCUCUGGAACUUAAUCCAUCGAAGUAUUUGACUCCUAAACUCAAACCGGAAGAAGAAACAUCAAAUCUGGAGUUAAAACCAGCAAAAUACCUUAUUCCGCAACCCAAACCAGAAGAAAAAACUUCAUUGGAGCUGAUGCCAUCAAAAUACCUUAUAAAGAAAAAUCCCGAUUCAAAGAUAACCUCUCCCCCGAAGUCCGUUAUCGAAAGUAAUGAGAUGUCUGAGACUUCCCUGGCAAACAAAGCGAGCCAACCUCUCAUCUCUUCCUGUAAGCCAGCCCUUAACUCGUCCGUUCCGUCUGUCUUCAAGUCCGCUCUUCAGUCUGUCAUCACUCAGUCCAAGAAAGAAGGAGAACCUCUUGGUCCACCUCCAACCCAAGCUAACAAAUGGUUUGACAAAAUUGAUCCAACCGCGUCAGCGAAAAAAUUCGACAUUCCAGAGCCUGAGCUUCCACCCAAAUCUGGAUUUAAGUACUCUUUUCAACCGGUAACUUCAGAGAACAUUACGCCGACGAUCAUAUCGAGUUUGGUAAACGCCGAUGGCUCAAUUUUGACACCGUCUGAGUUUAGGUCUGGAGCAAAGAUUAUAGCUGAGAAAAAGUUGCAGGCUGUGGUAAAUAAAGCUAAGAAUGUUGCUGAGAGUAUCAGUGCAAGUUACAGCUCUUCUUCUGAAACGCCCAAAAGGUCUAAAAAAAGACAUUUGACCAAAAACAAAAGUCGAUCACCAUCGAAAUCGGUUUCUAGGUCACCGCACUCGUAUUCGAGAUCAAGUUCACGUAGUCGAAGAUCGCAAUCACGAAAUCGUAGGUCUCGAUCUGUGUCUCGUGGUCGUAGAUCUCGAUCUAUAUCUCGUGGUCGUAGAUCUCGAUCACGAGAUCGUCGACGACGUUCAAGAUCGUACGGACGAAGGAGGCGCUCUAGGAGUCCAUUUAUUCCGCAACGGAGGUGGAACGUCGGCCGCUACCAGCGGCCCGAUUACCGUGACUACCUUCAUCGGAGUUUCAUUCAUGAUAACGAUCGUCGGAGAAAUAAACGUUCACGAUCUAGAUCCAACCCUCGCCGUGACUCGUCCCGAUCGCGAUCAAGCUCGUCUGAAUCAGGUUCCAAACGUAGAAAUAAAGUUGAAAAGAAGGAUUCCAAAGGAAACAAGGAUCCAAUGUUUGGUAAGUGGGCUGCUGAUGACUGUCCGGACAAGACCAAAUCAAAGCCUAAAGAUCCCGAACAAGUUUUGAAAGGAAUGGAGAAAUUUCUCGCCGAAUCCAAGGAGAAAAAGCUCCAAAUGAUCAAGGAGAGGAAUAUUCAGUUCCAAAAACCUCCUGGUGAUUAGUAGGGUUAGUUUCGUAUUCAAUUUUCGGUGUUUGUGGUGCUGAUUUUUGGAGUUACGACGGAGAGAAUAAUUGAAACUUUGUUUAGAAAUGAGCAGCAUUAGUUCAAGUCGAUAACUUAUGAAGUCUUGAAUUUGUUAACUUUUUUUACGUUUGAACAUCUUAUCGGAAUUAAAUUGCCAACUUCUGCCUCACUCCGGUAUUAAUUUCGCGUUUUGUAUUUAACUUUUAAGAUUAGUUCUAGAAAAGGAAUAUAUUACAUAUGAACUUGAUUAGUUUUACUCAUAGGAAUUGUUCCUAGUUUAACAAUCAAACUAAUAUAGAUCCAUCAUCUUCUGUUCCGUUGCACAUCACUGCCUCGAGUUCGCUCUUGCUUUGUUCCGACUUCCAAAUGUUUUUCGUUUCAUACGUUUUUUCAACUGAUUAUAUGUACGGAGCGAAUGUUUUCCCCCAUGUUCUCAAUGGUAAAUUCUCUGAACAGUCAUCGCGAAUUUAGAACUAACUUGAGGAAAUUCAUAAUCAAAGAUGUCUUUUCCAAAUUAAACAAUACUUUCUUGUAAUGAAAUGGAAUUAUUUGAAAUGUAUCCGGUUACCAGCUUGCUGUCAUAUUGUAUUACGAAUUUAAUUUGUGGUCGAACAUGGCUGAACUCUAAUGAAAAAUAUCUUUGAAAAUAUGGGGUUUCCGCACAGCGUAUUAUAUUUUCUUGCUUCCGAGAUACAACAGACGGAAGAGAUCCUGCAGCAUGUUAGGGAUCGAUUAAUACUAUUUGCUUUUGAUUACUUGUGCUAACGUGUUGUUUUUAGCGCAUAGAUUAACUGCUAAGUAACCUUAACCACUGGGAUAACAGCUGCCAAGCGAGCAAUGAGCUCUUGAUUCUUUCUAAUAAGACAUUUUUUUCGUAAUUUUUCGGCAUUUGUGUGGGUUUAUUGCAUUCAAGAAAAUUUUCAUUUAUAUUGUUUGUUCGCUUUAUUGGAUGAAAACCCAGAGGAGAAGCCCAUAUUGAUUUAAGUGUUUUGAAAGUAAAGAGUCGUAAGUGGA